GCUCCCCUUCCUGCCCCUCCCACUCCAGAGACAAAACCACUUGGUAUCAAAGAUCUCUUCAGUUUCUGCUCUGAACUGGUGGGAGUGGCUCACAAGUGGAAGAAGAUGGGACUGGCUCUCAGACUGGAUCCAAACUUCCUCAACAGAAUUGAGACAAAGAAAAAUGACGUCGAAGCCAACUUAUCAGAUGUGUUGGGGGAAUGGUUGAAGAAGUCGUAUGACACAGAGAGUUUUGGGGAUCCGUCAUGGAAACUGCUGGUGGAUGCAGUGGCUCAUCGAGCUGGAGGCAAAGACCGUGCCCUUGCCAUGGAGAUUGCUGCCAAGUACAAUGUGCCACCUCCACAAUAGCCGAACCAACCUCACUUACAUCCAUAUUCAACAUACCGGUAUCUUCAGACAUUAUUAUUGGCUGACUAAGCGAGCCUACACAUUUUUCCUUAUUAUAAUUCCUCACAUCAGGCACUACUCACUGUGCCUCAAGAUUCACACCCGAACUCUUUGUCUCAGUGUCAUAAUUUAGAGUCUGUGUGUGAAUGUGUGUUUCUCUAUGCAGCGGUGUUUGUGUGUUGCCUUUUCUCUCUGUUUGUCUGAUCCAAUUGUCACCUGUAUUUGUUGUAUGUUGCCUCGUCUCUCAAAAAAUUUAAUUCUCUCAAUUUGAGAGUGAACAAUAAGGCGCCACGUAUAAUUAUACAUGGUCAAGACGUGGCCUGCGUUUUACAGUAACGAGCAAGUCUAUCAUGACUAGCUGCCAUGAGUAUGAGAGAGUCGAGAUUUCUGAAGCCCAGUGGAGGUUUUGCAUUUG